AUGACAUCUUCCAUCAAAGCCGGAGGGGCAUGGCCAACCAUGGAAGAUAUUUUGUUGUAUGAGUGUUGGGUCCAAGUUGGUCAUUACCCGAUCACGAGCAAUGAGAUGAAGUUCUCUCAUAUGUGGAGAAAAAUUCAUGCCGAAUUUUGUGAAAGAUCUAGUUCCGCUCAUACCGAAAUGGCAUUGGCUAGUAGGUAG